AUGCCUCCAAGGCGACGAUAUUCAAAUCAACAACAUCUUGAAAUGGUGUAGUGCUACCGCGGGUGUAACCCCAUAACUGCAUAUGCGGUUAAUUUAUACCAGCAGAGGUUCGAUGUGCGAGUGAGUCAUCAUACCAUCCUGGAUGCAGUGUACCGAUUCCGAAAACACGGCCACUUUGACCCGGCAGGCAGGCCUCCAUUAUCGGCCGAACUCAAAGAGGAAGUGUUAAGAGUUUUUGCGAC